CCAUUUUGUGUAGCAGCGCCUGGGGAGCGGCGGCGGAGGCGGCGGAGGGUUUCGGGGUUCGGACCAGAGCGGCCGGAUGGUGAAAUCCUCCCUGCAACGGAUACUCAACAGCCACUGCUUCGCUAGAGAGAAAGAGGGGAAUAAAAGCACCAUCAUGCCCGCUGUGCUGAGCCUCAGUACCGGACAGAGCAGUUCCAGGGUUCCCUUCAAUUGCUGUAGUAACCUGGGUCCGGGGCCUCGGUGGUGCUCCGAUGUCCCUCACCCACCCCUGAAGAUCCCAGGUGGGCGAGGGAAUAGUCAGAGGGAUCACAAUCUUUCAGCUAAUUUAUUUUACUCGGAUAAUCGGCUGAAUGUAACAGAAGAACUAACAUCUAACAACAGGACAAGAAUUCUCAAUGUCCAGUCAAGGCUUACAGAUGCCAAACACAUUAGUUGGAGAGCAGUGCUGAACAACAACAACCUCUACAUAGAAAUUCCCAGUGGUGCUCUGCCUGAGGGGAGCAAGGACAGUUUUGCAGUUCUUCUGGAAUUUGCUGAAGAACAGCUUCGAGUGGAGCACGUGUUCAUUUGUUUCCACAAGAACAGGGAUGACAGAGCUGCAUUGCUCCGUACUUUCAGCUUUUUGGGCUUUGAGAUUGUGAGACCAGGGCAUCCCCUUGUCCCCAAGAGACCAGACGCUUGCUUCAUGGCCUACACGUUUGAGAGAGACUCAGCAGAAGAAGACUAGAUUGCAAUGUUUGCCUCUUUAGAGCUUUCUUGUUGUCUAUAAAGAUGAUUCUGUAGAAAUUUUGUCAACAUCUUAUUCCAGUCUAUAUAACUCUGUACGAAACGUUGUGACCCAGCUGCUUUUUUUUUUGGUGGUGAGGUGUUGAAAAUUUCAGGCUCCACAUCUUUUCUCUGGAUUUUUUUUUUUGUGUGCAUGGUUGUGCAAAAAAAUAAAUGCUCCCUCCAAAUUAGCAGUAUAUUUCUUGAAGUUUAAUAUUGUGUUUGUGAUACUGAAGUAUUUGCUUUAAUUCUAAAUAAAAAUUUAUAUUUUACUUUU